AUGUCCAAGCCUUUCGUUGCCGUGGCAGGUGCCACAGGCCAGUUAGGCCGGGUCAUCGCGAUGCAACUAAGACAGCGCAACGUCCAAGUCAAAGCUCUCGUACGCCCAGGCACGGCACCCUCGCGCACCAACGCCCUCCGCGACGCGGGCGUCACCGUGGCAGAGGCAGACCUCCGCGACGUGGCCGCCCUGACGACGAACAUGCAGGGUGCAACGUGCGUGGUUUCAGCCCUGAACGGCCUCAGGGACACAAUACACGACACGCAGGGCGCGCUCCUGGACGCCGCCGUCGCCGCGCGCGUGCCGCGCUUCAUCCCGUCCGACUACUCGCUCGACUUCACCAAGACGCGGCCCGGCACGAACCGGAACCUCGACCUGCGCCGUGAGUUCCACGCGCGCCUGGACGAGUCCGGGAUCGUGUGGACGUCGGUGCUCAACGGCGGCUUCAUGGACCUGCUGACCGGCGGCGCGCCGAUCAUCAACCACGGACUGAAGAGGGUGCUGUACUGGGGCAGCGACGCGCAGAAGCUGGACUUCACCACCGUGGCUGACACGGCUGCCUACACCGCCGCCGUUGCUGCUGACCCCAACCCGACGCCCCGGUUCUUGCGCAUUGCCGGGGACACGUUUGACGCCAGGGGCCUCGCGGAAAUUGUAAGUCGUGUCCGUGGCGCGACGUAUUCGACGUUGUGGGUGGGCAGUCCCGGUUUCUUGGAGGGUGCAUCGGGUUUCAUGAGGCGGUUCUCUAUAGGCGGAAGUGAGCAGGAUAUUUUCCCUGCAUGGCAAGGCAUGCAAUACAUGGUAGACAUGUAUUCAGGGGAGGGGAAGCUGGAUCCACUGGAUAACGCAAGGUACCCUGAGUUGAAGUGGACCAACGCCGAGCAGUUCUUGAGGCAAUCACAAAGCUCAUAA